AUGAUUGCCCUUGAAGAGAUAAGAACAGUAGGAACAGGUGGAGGAAGAGGCGGUAAUGAUGAUGUUCGCGGGCAAACCAGUACAUUUGUGAAGCCUGACCCAGCUCGGCAAAAUAAGAAUUGGGUGGACGAAUUAAUCGUUCAAAAAGAUGCCAAUCGAGAAUAUCUAAGCAAAAAACAAGAACUUGAUAAGCAUGUCCUAUUUUGUGGUCCACCCGGCACCGGAAAAAGUUUUUUCGCCGAAGAGUUUGGUCAUAAUGAAACUUCCGUCGGUUCCAGUAUUGAAAAACAGCAAAAAGUUUUCAAAGAGGCAAAAGAAUUAUUAAAAUUAAAUGCGGUUCGAGGGGAAACUAAACCAAUCGCAAUUAUUAUUGAGGAAAUUGACUCAGUGGGAACCAAAGACCUUUCCGGUGCUAAUAGUUCAUCAAAAGUCGAAGUAGAUGGUUUGUUAAAAAUUUUUGACGAAAUAAAUCGCGAAAACUUAAAUAUUAUCGUAAUCGGCACUACUAAUAACCCCGAAGUCCUAAAUGAAGGCUUGGUGCGACCCGGUCGGUUAGAAAUCCAAGCCGAAUUUAGACCUAAAAAAGAAGGUUUUUCUUUCCGAGACUUACAAAAGGCAAUUACGGAGACUUUGGCAAUUAAAGUUAAGGAAAAUAAAUCUAAAAUUAUGCUUGACGCUCAGGUUUUCAAAGAAGAUUUACGAAGAACUCUCCAAAAUCGAGUUAAUGACCGAGAAAAUAAUGAACGCAACAAACGCAAUAUUCCUCCUCGAAGAAACUACCCCGAUGAGGGAGAGGAUAUUUAG